AUGGCUGUCAUUUCGGUCUUCUCUAUUUCUGAUGAUUCUGCUGAUGGGCUGAUUUGGAAGGGCUCUGAAGAUGGGGUUUUCUCAGUUAAAUCUUGUGCUAAUUUAUGUUAUUCGGGGAGUUCAGAUUCGGAAGAAGCUCAUUUUUGGAAGACUGUUGUUUGGAGGGGCCUGCUGCCUCCAAGAGUGGAGACUUUUCUAUGGCAAGUGAUUUUGCAGAAAUUGCCAGUGAAGACAACUUUGGUUAAACAAUCUGUUUUUCAAGUGGAUGCUAAAAGUUUUCUUCUAGCCUGGGCAGAAUUGAGGUCUAACUCUCUCAUAUGGUCAUUUAUUCCUGGAGUGGUUCAAUGGACAAUAUGGAAAACUAGGAAUUCUAUUGUGUUUGAAGGAGGGAAGUUAGAUCAAGCUGAAAUUUUCUUUUUAGCAAGGUUCAGGCUUACUUCAUGGUUUUUAGCAAAAUAUUCUCAGGUUUCUAUCUCUAAGGAUUGUCUUAUUUUUGAUCCUUCCUUAGGGGAUUCUUGCUUACCAUAUUCUAAUCGGAUUUUAUCAAAGUGUUUGUGGUCCCCUCCUCCCAAGGACCUUAUUAAACUUAAUGUGGAUGCUGCUACUACUAGUGAUUGGAAGAGGAGUGGUUUAGGUGGUGUUCUUAAAGACAUAUCUGGUUCGAUACUAGCAUCUUUCAAAGAGCCUGCUGGUCCAGGGCCUCCUACAUUGAUGGAAUUGAAAAGAUAUAAGGAACGUUUGAUUAUCAAGAGUGAUAGUAGAGUGGUUGUUGACUGGGUUAAGGACGUUGUUCUAUGUCCUGUUGUUUAUGUUCAUAUUGUUAAAGAUAUUAUUCAAAAACUCAGAGAUUGUGAAGACGUUAUUAGAUGGGUUAAUAGGACUGCCAACCUAGAGGCAGAUGCCCUAGCUAAGGCUGGCAUUGGUUAA